AUGCAGCCCUUUGGCCGCGCAGUCUGGAGGCAUGGCAGGAUAGGGCUGGAGCUCGCCGCCGUGAGGCCGCGGCCAGCACCGACCAGCGGCGGCAUCGCAGCCGCAGCCCGAUGGCCCUCGCCGGCCACUUGCGUUCGAUGCCAGGUCCAAGCCAUUGCCUAUCCUGCACGCUUCUAUUCGUCUAAGCCGCCAUCAGACAAUGCUGAGAAUCCCGUCAGCCCGCCCCAGUCCGAACCCAAAGCCGCCGAACCCAAAGUCGACGAGCCGGCCUCAACCGCUGCGAAAAGUGAGAAUGCCGAGCCGGCCGCUUCGUGGUCCAAGCCGAGCUGGCUGGAGCUGCCAUCCAUAUCGGAGGAACGGCGAAGUGCCUUGAAUAAAAAGUUCAGCGACAUUAUGGAUAAUAUGCAGUCAAGGGUUCUCAAUGCCUCGCAGAAGCUCAACGAGAUCACCGGAUACACAAGCAUCGAAACCAUCAAGCUGGACAACGAGCAGCUCGAGCGUGAUUUAGCCUCAGCUCAGGCCCGGGUACGGUCAGCAAGACAGGCAUACAAGACAUCGAAUAACAAGCGAGCGUCGACCCAAAGAGAGGUGACUACGCUGCUCGCCCGCAAGGACACAUGGACGCCGCUGGAUCUGGAACGCUUCACAGAGCUGUACCGCACAGACCACGUCUUGGAGGGCGAGGUCGUCUCAGCACAGGAAAACUUGACCGAGGCCGAGUCGGACGAGCAGAAGCUCAGUCAGAGGCUCAAUGCCGGCAUUCUGAAACGCUACCAUGAAGAACAGAUUUGGAGCGACCGCAUCCGAAGGGCCUCGACGUGGGGCACCUGGGGCCUGAUGGGCAUGAACUUUGUCCUCUUUGUCGUCUUCCAAUUCGUUGCCGAGCCCUGGAGGAGGAAGAGACUCAUCAAGGGCGUCGUGGCCGAAGAGGAGCGAGUCCUCGAAAAGGUCCAGGCCGAGAUGGCCCUCAUCAAGGCUGAUCUCCAUGUCAUGGCCGAGGCCGCCGCCACCGUG